AUGCAGCUCAACGUAGUUUCUCCGCUACCAGCGCAAUUGCCCGUGGGAAGAAGAGCAGCGGCACCGAGAAGCCCCGCGUCCUCGAGAAACCAGACAAAUUUCGCCCACCCCUCGCACCCCCAACGGAUCGUGGACCCAGCCCGUGUGACCAGCUCCAGCCAACCAGUCAAUUAUGGCCCGCGCCUGACAGCGGAAGAGCGCGAAGCGCAGAACAAGAAGCAGUACCCGAAUAUGUUCCCGCCGGAGGGGACCGUGAUGCAUAAGUUUCUUACGAGCAAAUGGAUCCAUGUGUGGAUUGCGAUGAGCGUUCUCGUUUCCCUCGCGACCUUUACCUUCACCACGGACUUCAAGGCCAAGUCGCCCUUCGCUCAUCUUCUUCCGCCCUGGUCGGGUCUGUUGACGGCCCCCUUCGACACUAUCUCGCAGGCAUUGAACGUCUACCGCAUGCAUGUGCAGCACAAUUCCAUGCUGGUGCGCGAGCAGCGUCACCGUCGGGUGGAGGAUGCGGAGAAGCGCAGACAAUUCCGUGUUGCGCACGGUCUGGAGGAGCCUAAUGAGAAGGAGAAGGAGAAGGCUGUCGCGGAUCCUCAGUCGCCAAUUGCAGCAGAUGCAGAGCAAAAGGCCGAUGGAGAGUACGUGGAUUUCGAAGGGAGGAGGAGGCCGGUCAAGAAGUGGCUCGGGAUCUGGUAA